AUGGCGCCGGUUAAAGGGAAAUUAAAGCAGCGCCUGCUGUUCCUCCUCGUCCUUCUCCCGCUCUCAGGUGUUCUAUGCUUUAGCGAGCUAUUUUUCAUCAAGGAGCCGCAUGAUGUCACCGCCAUGCGAAAAGAAGCUGUCAUUUUGAAGUGUCAGGCGCAUGGAGAGGCACCCAUCGUCGUCAGAUGGCUCAAGAAUGGAGUAAGAGUGGUGGAGAGCGAACGCGUGCACCUUCUCUCCAAUGGCUCCCUUUAUAUUUCGGAAGUGGAGAGCCGAAGAGCCGACAAAUCAGAUGAAGGGUUCUAUCAGUGCCUUGCUCAGAACAAGUACGGAGCAAUCCUGAGUCAGAAAGCCCGCCUUACAAUCGCAAGUAUCUCCUCUUUUGCAAUCCAGCCGACACCCAUAGUGGUAACUGAAGGCUCAGUCGCGAGGUUUUCCUGCAAAAUCAGUGCCCACCCUCCUCCCAUCAUCACUUGGGAACUCAAUCGGGUCACAUUACCCCUUGCCACUGAAAGAAUCACAGUCCUGCCCAGUGGCGUUCUUCAAAUACAUGGGGUGCAGCGGGCAGAUGCUGGAAAUUACCGCUGCAUUGCCACCAACAUUGCCAGCCGCCGCCGCAGCACGGAGGCCCCCCUCACUGUCACCCCAGCUCUCAGCCUCCAGCUUCCUCAGAGGCCGCGCAUCAUCACUGGGCCCCAGAACAUUUCAGUGUCCCUCCACCAGAGUGCCAUCCUUGAGUGCAUGGCCACAGGCAAACCACGACCCAUCAUCUCCUGGAGCCGAGCGGACAGCAAGUCCAUUGAUGUUUACAACACUAAAGUGUUGGGAAAUGGCAACCUCUUUAUCACAGACAUCAAGCCCAAGCAUGGAGGAGUCUACAUGUGCAGAGCCACCACUCCUGGCACACGGAACUUUACUGUUGCCUCAGCCAACGUCACUGUGUUAGCUCCACCCUCUUUGGUCGAGUGGCCGGAGAGCCUGACCCGACCACGCGCUGGCACCGCCCGCUUUGUGUGCCAAGCUGAAGGAGUUCCAACACCUCAAAUCACUUGGCUCAAGAACGGAGAGAGAGUUCACUCAAAUGGUCGAAUCAAGAUGUACAACAGCAAACUGGUGAUCAACCAGAUCAUACCUGAGGACGAUGCCAUCUAUCAGUGCCAGGCAGAGAAUGAGCAGGGAUCCGUCCUCUCCAUGGCGAGGCUCAUUGUGGUGAUGUCAGAGGAUCGACCGAGCGCACCCAAGAACCUCCGAGCUGACACAGUGUCGAGCUCUGCGAUCCUUCUGGCUUGGGAGAGACCUCUGUAUAACUCCGAUAAAGUUAUUGCUUACUCUGUGCACUACAUGAAGGCUGAAGGAUUAAACAACGAGGAAUAUCAAGUUGUCAUUGGAAACGAUACGACUCGCUACAUUAUUGAUGACCUGGAGCCGGCUCGCAACUACACCUUCUACGUUGUGGCCUACAUGCCCAUGGGAGCAAGUCGCAUGUCGGACCACGUGUUCCAGCACACGCUGGAGGAUGUUCCCCUCCGAGCCCCUGAGCUCAGCCUCACCAGCCGCAGCCCCACAGACAUCCAGGUGUCUUGGCAGCCUCUUCCAGACAAGCUGAGCCGUGGCCGAGUCUCUGCCUAUCGUUUGUCCUAUCGCACCAGUGCUGAGAAUACAGUCUCACAGCUAGAGCUACCUGGAGAGAAGACCAAACAUCUACUGGAAAACCUGCAGCCUGACACCAUCUACCUACUGCGUAUCAAUGCUGCCACCAGCAUAGGGUUUGGUGAGCAGUCGGCCUGGACAUCCCACCGCACUCCCAAAGCGUCCAGUGCACGAGUACCUCUGUCUCCCGAGCUGCAUUUGGAGCCUUUGAACUGCACCACUAUCUUGGUGCGCUGGCAGUUGACGAGCAGAAACUCAGUCAGUGUACAAGGCUACAGACUCUUCUAUCAUGAGGAGAGCCAGCCGGAGAACACACCAGCUCAGCUGCGCGCCUCGGCUAAUACACACACCAUUGGAGGCCUUGAUCCAAGGAAGAAGUACCAUGUUAAACUUCUGGCUUAUAAUUUCAUUGGAGAUGGCUACCAGGCGGACCAGACUAUCAGCACCCCUGGAUGUGUCUCUGUUCGAGAUCGAAUGGUGCCUCCCCCACCUCCACCCCACAACGUGUACGCCAAGACUAACAGUUCCACAGCCAUGUUCCUGCAGUGGGGCCGACCCGCCUUCACCUCCAGCAAUGCAGUCAAUUACACCAUCCGCUGCAACCCUGUGGAUCUGCAGAACGCCUCCCUGGUGCUCUACCUGCAGACGAAUGAGCAGAGCCUCCUGGUGCGAGAUCUGGAGCCCAACACCAAGUAUGAAUUUGCUAUUCGCCUUCACAUUGAUCAGCUCUCCAGCCCCUGGAGCCCUGUGGUCUAUCAGAGCACUUUCCCUGAACCUCCCAUGCUUCCACCUUCCAACGUGAAAGUAACUCUGAUUGAAGACGACACUGCGCUGGUUUCCUGGAAGUCUCCAGAUGAAUCCAACAUCGCUGUGACACACUACACAAUCCUGUUCGCCUCUAGAAACGCGUGGAUAGCAGGGGAGUGGCAAGUGCUGCAAAGAGAAGGGACUAUCACCAUGGCACUGCUGGAGAACCUGAAGCCUGGUCAGGUUUACCUGGUGAAAGUUUCUGCAUCCAACCACAUGGGUGAUGGACCAUUCUCUCACACUGUGGAGCUGACAGUGUUUUCAGAUCUCUCCUCUGACCCUCGACAAUCCACAGGCUUUUCUGAUGGCUUCUACCACCUGGACCAAAAAUCAAUGACAGGAAUCACUGUGGGUGUCUGCAUUGCUCUCAUCUGCAUCAUCAUUUGCGCUUUCAUUCUUGUCUGCCGAGGCAAAAACAGGAAAUUUUUAGCUGCUAAAACUAACAGAGGAGGUGUGAGCACAUCGGCCUCGGCUGCAGGACAGCCGGGCUCUGACGGACAACUUGAGAACGCUGAUGUGACUGUGCCAAUGAUGAGUCAAAACCAUUUCAUUGAUGCAAAGGGUGGAACAAAUCUCAUGAUCAAUUGUCUUGGUCCUGUUCAGCCAAGUGCUGAGACGAAAAAGAAAUGGUUCACCUUCAGCAAUAAUGUGAAGAAGGACAGUAAAGCAGUACAGAAUAUGAGACAUGGCGCCGUCACCUACCAGUCGGGCAUCACAAUGUUAACCUAUGAGGACGAGCUAGUUUCUCCGGACCAGCCCGGCAACCUGCAGUCCCUGCUCGGCCACCAUGGCGACACAGAGGGAUCCUCUAGCAGUGAGGGCAGCCAUGAAACAGGCGACUCGGGUCGCUACUCUCAUGACGAGACAGAGAUGACCAACCUAUCAUCUGGUGCCAGCAGCCGCCCGCCAUCUCUGACGGCGGAGGACAUUGGAGGCUUAGACUGCAGCGGCCCCACUGAAGAACCCAACGAGCUGUCGGAGGCUGACCUGAAGUUAAUGAAGUCUGUUGAGAACGACUGCUGUCACCACGAGAUUCAGGGCAGUUCUCAAUCCGCACUUUCUCUCUAAGUUUGUAGUAAUGCCUGUGAUUGUGUGCGUGUGUGCGUGUGUUUGUGUGCGUGUGUUUGUGUGCGUGUGUGCAUGUGAGAGUGAGUGUAAAGGCAUUCAUGGUAUUCAUUUUGUUUAUUUACACAACAUAACAUAAAUAUUGAAGUUACCACAGGCUUGAAUGGCCGUAUGAGAGAGAAAGAGAUAGAGAGAGAGGUGUAGUCUUUUUUUUUCCUUUACCUUAUUCCUCAUUUGUUAUAGUGUAAAAAGGCCAUUGUCUGACUUUUUACACUAUAAAAACGUUGGCAUUGAAGGUACUUUGACUCCUUUUACAUCUUUGUUUUUCUUUCAAUGAAUGUCUUUUUUAUUAUUAUUCUCUCUUAAGUUGUGCUUGUUUGUUUUUGAAAGAAAAUCUCACCCACCAUGAAUGUUAAAAGAAGAUUGUCCAAAAUGGGAAAAGGGACAUUUCCGACAUUAUUUAAGAGAGUUUUAUCACUGGAGCGAAAGGGAAGAAUGAGUCCUUGUCGCUGAUUAUCUACCUCAGUUUACCUCCGGGUAAACUUUCCACUGUAUAUUUAAUAACUACUUAUACCUACGUUAUGUGACGGGCUGCAGCUCCAACACAUUUUAUACUUCCUGGUGACUUUCUUUCUGAUUGUCAUCCUGUUUUUGUCUUUUUCUCUUACUUUGUCCUGAUUUACUGGAUGGUGAGGGCGCUGCCGCUUCUUCCUUGCUCCACCUGUGCUGUGGACUGAAGGAUGUUAAACACAUGAACAGUUUGUUAUUUAUCUCCUCCAGAUGUCGCUGAGGUACUGAGCCAGUAUUAAUAUUUUUUUUUGUGUUCAUUUUGUCCCUUAUUGAGUAACGGAAUGAAAGGAAUGAUGAAUGUCAGUGUGCAGCUGCCCUUGCUCCUCCUGUUUUAUACUACCUCGUUUAACAACUUAUUUUAUUGUCUCAUUGUUUUCCCAAACUCAGGGAAAAAGAUUUAGUACAUUUGAAAAGUCAUGUAGAGUUACAUGGUGAACUGACAGGGUAUCGUCUCAGUACUAAAAUGUUGUAGUGUGUAAUUGCCUAGUAGAAUAUGCAAUGAAUGUAUCUCAGAUAUUGUGUAGCCCCCCCCCCCCCCCCUCCUGUAGUUUCUCCUCCGGUCCGACAAUGUCUGUUCUUACAACAGACCCUCGUGUUUGUUGACUUUCCUCCUUUUUGUUCAUUUAAAAAAUCUCACCAGAAGUGCUUUCAGCGGCAUGCCGGUACAGAAAAGCUUUACAAUUGGCCUUAACGUGGAAAAAGGCCCUCAGAGGCUGAAACCAAAGCCUAAUCUCUCUGAGGGAGAUGCUCCACGUGAGGAUGCAUCACAUGAAGAAGGAUUUUACAAAAAAAAGCAAUGGAAAGUGUUUCAUCCGAGAUGAAAGUGAAAAAUUGAAUGAACACCAUGAAAAAUCUAUAUUUUUGUUAGAAGAUAUGUACUACAGAGUACACAUUGUAGUUCUGUUCCAAGUAGUAUUUUUGCUUUGCUGUAAAGUAGAUGAAGAUUAGCACUUGUCUGCCAAGUAGUUUUAUAUUAUUAGCCAAUGUGCAGCGGUGACGCUAUUUACCCAAAGAGUUGUUUGCUACCCAAGUUUAUUUUAGUCUCUCAACUAAUCUCUUGCAGAAGGUUACUGAGGAGUGGUGAAAUAAUCAGAACACAUUCGACCAAAGAUUUUAAUCGCGGCCUUGGAGAUCAGUUGAAGUGCUGCUCCACAAACGAAGCCUUGCACAUUAGUGGCCUUGAUCUGCGACAAAAUGAGAGAAGAGAGUUGCGGGUUAAAUCUCUGGGAAAGUGCCAGCAGGAUUCACGGGCACUUAGUGACGAUGGAGUGACAAUGAAUAAUCAAUCUUAUGCAAACAAACCAAAUGAUCAUCUCGCAGAGUUCCUCGAAAACUGUUGCAAGCAGACAUCUGUACAUUGUAGCUCAAAAUAAUAAGCGUUAAAUACAAUAUAUUAUAUUGAUAGUAGUCUGUGUUGCAACAGUGCAGUCAUGUGUAAAUGUGCACCCACUGAUUUUUCAACUUGUGAAUGAGUGAAAAAUAAAUUUAACAAAAAUAUUAAGAUGAUAUUAAAAUUUGUAUUUGAGAUAUUUCCUGGUUAGAGCUAUAUAUAAAGUACAUUUUAAACAAUCAAUCUAUGAAGCAUAUGAUUCUAUUAUUUAGAUUUUUAUGUUUUUAUUUGUAAAAAGACUAUCCUUUACGAUGUCCCAAAUGGUAAUGAUUGCAGUUUUUAAUGAUUGUAUUGCAUAUGAGAGAUUUCAGAAAGGUCAGUGGAUGUACGUGUGUUUUCACAAUGCUGUAUUUUUAAUCAGAGGAUCCUGCAGAGGAUUCAAUCAGAGGAAACGUUUGGGCUGAGAUGUGACACAAUCAGUUUAGCUUUCUUUCUUUUUUUGAAAAGCAAACAAUGUAAACCAAAGAUUUUUUUUUUAUAAGGUCACCGUUGCACAUUGGCAAGAGAUUCGUUGUAAAGCAUCCUACCUUUGUGUGAAAUGUUGUCAAUUCCAGUGUUCUCUUACUCAUUUUACGAUUGAUACCCUACGAUUCUUAAUCAUGAAUUUCCACAAAAUCAAGUUUGGCUCUUUUUAAAAUCGGUUGUUUUCUGAGAUGAAAUGGAUUUUUGAUACAGUGGAUCAUUUUUAUCUUGAAAAGGAGAAUAAACAUUUCCUUUCUAACUCAAACGGAUGUGAAGUAUUUUACCUGGGAUAAGAUACUGACUUCCUUCCCCACAAAAACUACAGCUUUAGUGGAGUACAGACUCAGGUUGGGCCUCGUGCAGCCUAUACAGAUACAGAAGUGAUACCUCAGGUUUUUAAUUAUUUCAUAUUCCGUUGUAGGUACAGAUGAAAUACACUUUGUCAUUAUUGUCUGUGAGACUGAGAUGGAACCAGGAUGUCGUCCUGUUGCCUUUCAUUUCAGGAAUGGUGUUAUGUUUGAAUUGUGUUCCUGUUUGAGCAUUUGAAUUUAAAGGGAUACAACACAGUCUCGUCUGUGUAUGAGCAGACUGGCUCUUUGUUCUUCCUACUGCAGUAAUGUUGAGUUCAAAUUAUGUACGGUGGAGCGCUCUGGGUCAUUUACAGUCAAACUCAGGUGGACCCACAGCUGCUCCGCCCUCAAGAGAAGCAGGUGUCUUCUCUUGAAAAUUGAAUGUAACUUUUUGUAAUUAUUAUGUUUCCUGUUAAUGUUUUGUUACAUUUUGUCAGUUUGUCUUUGUCAGCAAAAUAAUUUGCAAGUUUUUGUUUUCUUUUUGCCAAAAAUGUCUAGCUAGGAGAUUUUUAGAAAGUGGCAAAUUAUGAAAAUCUGAAUCUCAGU